AUGGAGGGCGGUGGCGGUUCCAGUAUGAUGUCUUUUGGAGAAAACAGUAACAGGCUGUGUCCAUCGAUGAUGAUGCCGCCAUUGCCUUCUCACCCUAAUCCUCAAGAAACCAGCAGCAAUACGCUAUUUCUUCCUCUUCCUCUCCCCAGCAACAUUCAAGACCUAAAUCGACAUAAUAGCGGCGGUGGCGGCUCUACCAUGAUGAUGGAAGAAAGUUACACCAACACAAGCACUGGGUAUUAUCUUACGGAGAGCAAUAGCGACAACGAUGGAGGAAACUAUGCUGUUAAAGCAAAGAUCAUGGCUCAUCCUCAUUACCACCGUCUCUUGGCUGCCUACGUUAAUUGUCAAAAGAUAGGAGCUCCACCGGAAGUAGUGGCAAGACUUGAGGAAGCAUGCGCGUCAGCCGCCGCAAUGGGCCGCCAAUCAAGCAGUGUGGGUGAAGAUCCAGCGCUCGACCAAUUUAUGGAGGCGUACUGUGAAAUGUUAACGAAGUACGAACAAGAACUUUCAAAACCCUUCAAGGAAGCCGUGCUCUUUCUAUCAAGAAUUGAGUGCCAGUUCAAAGCUCUCUCUCUCUCCUCUGAUACUGUGGCCUAUGGCGAUGGAGCUGAUAUGAAUGGAUCAUCUGGAGAAGAGAUUGAUGUGAAUAACAGUGUCAUAGAUCCUCAAGCCGGAGAUGGGGAACUGAAAGGUCAGCUCUUACGUAAAUACAGUGGAUAUUUGGGCAGCCUAAAGCAGGAAUUUAUGAAGAAAAGAAAGAAAGGAAAGCUACCAAAAGAAGCCAGGCAACAACUGUUAGACUGGUGGAGCAGGCAUUAUAAAUGGCCAUAUCCCUCGGAAUCCCAAAAACUAGCUCUGGCUGAAUCAACAGGUCUGGACCAGAAGCAAAUAAAUAAUUGGUUCAUCAACCAAAGGAAACGGCACUGGAAGCCUUCAGAAGAUAUGCAGUUUGUGGUGAUGGACGCUGCAAAUCCCCACUACUACAUGGACAAUGCUUUUCCGAUGGACAUGUCCAUCUCACGAACGCUUCUCUGA